AUGGCCAGCCCAGAGCAAAUAGCUGCUCAAAUCCUAAACACGAAGUCACUAGCUGUCUCGCAGAACUGGCUAAACACCUUCCUGACAACCUCCAACUCUGCGCAGCGGAAUCUCCCCGCCUCCGCGCUCACCAAGACAGCUCUCUUCCGCGUCCUCGCUUCCGAUUUCCGAGAAUCUCUCUCUAGGAGCCCAUCCUCCAUUCUCUCCCUCCAGGUCCUUGACAUCGAAGACAUCGGAACAAGUCUAUGGAGCCAAGUCGAGGCGAUUGAGCGUGUUGAGCGGGGAGAAGCAAUUCGCGGCAGGGAGGUUGUACGGACUAUCCCAAUGGGAGAUGACAACGAAGGCGCAGAUAAUGGGAAUGGUCGUACGAAUAAUCCAGCUACCCCAAACGCGUCGGGGAGCAGUGGCUAUGGACCGCACCGGUUGAUUCUACAAGACGCGGCCGGCACUAAGACGGUGGCUAUCGAAAUGAAAUCCAUAGAGGGUAUAUCACUGGAAAAACUUUCCAUCGGUGCAAAGAUGGUUCUUCAAAAUGCGACGGUUGCCCGAGGUAUGGUCUUGCUAAACCCAGGAUGUGUCACCUUGCUCGGUGGGAAGAUCGAUGCACUGGAUCGACCAUGGAAGGAAGAUAGAAAGAAACGCUUAUUGGAACGAAUCUCCACUCUCCAAGGUACAUGA